CUUGGAGUGCAGUGAGGCCCUGAGGGUGUGGCAGACGGUCGGUGAAGCUGCCGCUUUAAACCAAAGUGUCCUGGAAAGGUGGUGUGAGGUCAGCCUUCAGCCUGUGCUGGAGGCGUAUGCCGUGUACCCCCACCUGCACACACCUGAAGUCCAACCCGGGACUGCUGCAGUUUCAAGACUUGUCCAAGUCACACGGUCCUUGUACCGAGUCAUUCUGGACCAGUCUCAUGCCAUGCAGGCCCUCAUCACUGCUGUCUCCACCACAUGGUGGCGCUGCUGGGCCGGCCACUGAAUGCCCCGCUGGACUGGCACACACCGCUCAAAGACAUGCAGCUACACAACAGUUUGGCCUCCAUUAAAAUGCUGUCAGAAGAGUUGCACACAGUCGCGGCCAUGUUGGGGCCGUGUAUAGACGCUAUGGAGGGACACAUCCUGAGCAACUCCCAUCAUCUUCAGGAGGGCAACACCUCCCAGGCGGUCUUCAGGGAGGCGGCCAUGAUCCUCCUCUCCUGUGCCAACAUCACCUCGGACUCACUGAUGGAGGGCGACUUAUCUUGGCUCUCUGGUGGAUCUCUCCCCGCCGUGAUAAGGGAUGUUCUUAAAGCCCUGAUCCACAUGAAGGUCUUUGGGAAUGAGCCGGUGGUUUACCAAGUACUGGAGCACUUUCUGGCCUCCAACGCCACAACGUUGCUCAUGCAGAAAGUGGCCGAGGUGUCUGCAUGGUUGGCCUCAGCAGAAGAAUCUGGACUAGAACUGCUGACUCAGGCGCUACCCAGAAUAUCGGAACUAAUCCGGCCUUUAUUGUCCGUCCUGACUGAUUUUGGAAUAAACAUGCCAGAGACCACAGAGCUGGUUGAAGAUCUAGCCGGGAACAUCAUUGCAAUGUUGAGGCAGUUGUUAAGCGGUGGUCUUCUCAGCCCCGUGGACCACCAUCCAGUUGCAUCAUAUCAGGAUGGGGGUGGUAGCCACGUGUUGAACGGCCGACACAGACGUGAGGCCCCCGUGAUCCCUGGACUGAGUCCUGUGGACGACUUCCUCCAGUUGCUGCACAUGGACUACCCGGCAAUGUUCCAAGCCAUCUCGGCCCCUCUUACCUCGGAGGAAGUCCUGGAGACCGCUCACGUGUUCUUUGCCAACCCCGAUCUAAACAUUGUGGUCAAGGGGACAAGCAGGGACAUGCCAUGGGCUCUGAACGGCUCAGGGGAAAAGGCAAUCGAUGCUGCCCUUGGGGUCCUCUCCUUUGCCACCCUGCCCAGCAGUUCUCAGAUGUCAUCUCUAGAUCUGUUGAGGGAUGCUGUUGCUAUGCUCCCAGACAGCUUCCCAUUGGCCGCUCGGCUCAAAGACAUCACCCAAGUCCUUGCCAGUGAAUCUCAAGAGAACCUUCUCCUCCUGCAGCAGACCUUCCAGACAGCUGUGCUGCUUGUCCACACCCCCAUCACUGAUCCACUCUUCACACCACGACUUGAUCUCCUCAAGUCCCAGGUAUGCACGGCGGAGAACACGACGUUUCUACGCCGCCUGACAGAAGCCCUGGGACUAGAGCCCGGUCAGCUGUGUGCCAGACUUCUACCUGACCUGCAAACUCUACUGCAAGGUUUUCUGGUCAACACCACAGACCUGGGCGACGCCCUAUUCCAGAUCUUGGUGGGAGACCCGAGCACCUUUGACCAAAACACAGACUGGAGUUUUGUGUUCAGUCAAAGUUUGGGCUUCAACAGCAGCGUCCUAGACUCUCUCAAUGUCAACAUCUCAGCUGCAGAGGAAGGAACAGUCGGCCAGUUGCUCCGUAAUCAAAGUGCCUUCGUCCAGGAUGUUCAGCGGCACAUGGACUUCAAUCCGGCGGUUCUCCAGCUGCUCAUGGACACCAAUCUACCUGGCCAGAAUUUACAGAUCCUUGCUUGGCUGACCAAGCUGCGUCACUGCGACUCCCCAGAACGUCUGAACGCCACAGAGCGAGACCUGUUCAAGACCUUCUGCGCCAUGUCGCUCAGAGAGUGGUACACCUUCUCUCUGCUGAUGACUCGCCACCUCAACCUGGAGUCCUUCAUCUACAGAGUGCUGCUGUCGCAGGAAAUCCAAAGCCUGCUGGGACUUAUGUUUGGACUUGUGGACAACAUCAUCAACCUCAUGGCCACUUAUCUCCCUGCCAUUGAUCAGCUGCAAACGUAUAUGGUUUCCCUUGAAAGCCUCAACCUGGGGCUCAAGGACUGGCACCGAGCUUCCAGCGACAUCAGACACGGCGUCUCCAUCAGAACUUCAUUUGUCACACUCUCUCGGGCCAUGUGCAGUAAAGGAGUCAUGGCUCUUUUUGGAAUGGCCGCACUUCCCAUCCAGUUAGAUUCCACCCCGUACUUCCCUGACAGCGACAAGAGGAACGAGAUGAUUGACAGGUUUAAGAUCCCACGGAAUGCAACCCCCUACUGUACCAACAUGUACCUGGACAUGGUGAGCACCACGGGGGGAGCCAUUGCCUGGGCCUUCCUCAAACCAAUGCUGAUGGGGAAAAUCCUCUUCACGCCUGACACACCUGUGACCAGGGCCAUCAUGGAGAAGGCCAACAGAACCCUGCAGGAGUUUGCCAACCUGAAGAGGCACUCGGACCAAUGGCUUCAGUCCAAAGACUACCUCCUCCAGUCCGCCCAAGUACUGUCCCAGACCAUGCCCAUGCUGAAGUCGUCCUUGUCCAACGCCUUUGUGAGAAACUUCCUGGAGAUGCAGACGGACAUCGAUGUCAACAAAAUGAGGCAGACGCUCAACAGCUUCUCGAACAUGACCUCCAUGCUGGAGAAGAACAAACACAUCCUAAACCAGAUCACCGUCUUGUCCACCCUCAUGGUCAACCUGUCGUCCUGCAUCAAGUUUGACCGUUACCAAGGUUACCACUCAGAGGAGCAUCUGGACGCGGAUGCUCAGGAACUAGCCAAGGAGCGCAGCCUCUAUGGAAGUGUCAUCUUCCAGCUGCCCAAAGGUGCGGAGUCCUUACCACCCAAAGUGGGCUACACCAUCCGCAUGCACAUGGACAACGUGAUGCGGACCGACCGCGUCCGAGACCCGUACUUUGUGAAGGACCGGCACAUCUCGGCCCAGAAGACCCUGCGCUACAACCGGGGCUUUGUGUACCUGCAGGAGAACAUAGACCGAGCCAUCAUUGAAACCCAGACCGGAAGGAAGGUCUCAGAGACGGCUGUGCAGCUUCAGCCUUUCCCAUACCCCUGCCAUCUGAAGGACGAGUACCUGAAUGCCAUCUCCUUGGUCUUCCCCAUCAUGCUGAUGCUGGCCUGGGUUCUGUUUGUGGCAGACUUUGUGAAGAAGUUGGUUCAUGAGCGAGAACUGAGGCUGCACGAGUACAUGAAGAUGAUGGGAGUCAACCCCCUCAGUCACUUCCUGGCCUGGUUCUUGGACUGUGCCGCCCACCUGAUGGUGACCAUCCUCAUCCUCACGCUGGUGCUGAAGUAUGGCGGCAUCUUGGCCCACAGUGAUGGCUUCCUGCUCUUCCUCUACCUGUGUGACUACGGCCUGAGCAUCCUGGCCUUCAGCUUCCUGCUCAGCUCCUUCUUCAACAAGACCUACAUCGCAGGUCUGAGCGCCAGCCUGAUCUACAUCCUCAGCUUCUUCCCCUACAUCGUGGUCAUGGCCUUGGAGAGCAGCCUCACCUUCUCCCAGAAGAGCAUACUGAGCAUACUUUCUCCAACCUGCUUCAGCUACGCCAGUCAGUACAUCUCUCGCUACGAGACCCAAGGAGAAGGGAUCCAGUGGUACAACUCCUACACGUCCCCCAUGGCCGGCGACACUUCUUCCUUUGGCUGGCUGUGCUGGCUCAUGCUCAUCGACUCCUUGCUCUACUUCAUCCUGGGGGCCUACAUCCGCACCGUCUUCCCAGGCGACUAUGGCAUCGCAGCUCCGUGGUACUUCCCCUUCACCGCCUCCUUCUGGAACCACCUGUGCUGCUGGGGGAAGUCAGCCAAGCGAGGACGACUGUUGGCCAACAUCAUGACCACAAACACACCUGUGUUGGCCGACCACAAGGGCAAAGGCGGCGGCACGCUCUCCUCUCAGGCGGGCGAGGACUUCUCCGCCCUCCCAGUGGGCGUGGCCCUACACGGUCUCACCAAGGUCUACGGCGAGCGAGUGGCCGUUGAAAACCUGAACGUGGUCUUCCAUGAGGGUCACGUCACGUCCCUGCUGGGUCACAAUGGUGCGGGCAAGACCACCACCAUGUCCCUCCUGACGGGUCUCUUCGCCCCCUCGUCCGGGACCAUCGAGGUGUACGGCCGGGACAUGCAGGCACACCUGGAGCAGGUGCGCAAGCAGCUGGGCGUGUGCAUGCAAUACGACGUUCUCUUCCAGCACAUGACCGCCGAGGAGCACCUACUGCUCUACGGCCAGAUCAAGGCCCCCCACUGGUCACGCCGGGAACUGCAGGAGCAGGUCCGAACCAUCUUGGAGAGCACCGACAUGUACGCCCAGAGGCACAAGCGGGUGGGCACGCUGUCAGGCGGCAUGAAGCGCAAGUUGUCCAUCUCCAUGGCCUUCAUCGGGGACUCCCGCCUGGUGGUCCUGGAUGAGCCCACCACAGGCGUGGAUCCGUGCUCACGGCGCAGCAUCUGGGACGUCAUCAUCCGACAUAAAAAGCAGCACACCAUCAUCAUGUCCACUCACCACCUGGACGAGGCAGAAGUGCUCAGUGAUCGCAUCGCCUUCCUGGAGGGUGGAGGCUUGAAAUGCUGCGGUUCUCCUCUCUACCUGAAGGAGAAGCUGGGCCAAGGCUACAAACUCACUCUCACCAAGAAGGUCCGGACACACCAGUCGGAGGGCUUUGACGAGGCCGAAAUGAAGGCUUUUGUCCAGGUGCACGUACCUGAGGCCAGACUGAAGGAGGCUCAGGGCAGUGACCUGGUCUACACCCUGCCCCCCUUCACCUCCUCCAACGCCUCCUCGUACCGCGCCCUCCUGACCGCGCUGGACGCCAACCUGGACGACUUGCAGCUGGAAGGCUACGGCAUCUCUGACACCACCCUGGAGGAGGUCUUCCUCCAGUUGACUGACGGAAAGGAACCAAAUAAAGACUUGCCGGAGGACAGACCCUUUUCUGUUUCAGAGACCGUGUCGGACUCGGACUCCAUAAAUAGCUUCCCCGCAGAUCAAAGUGAAGGUGUCAUCAGUUAUUGUGACAAGAUGAACCUGACCAGUUCCUCCAAGGCACAAGGGAUGUACUUGGCCUGGCAGCAGAUCAAAGCCGUACUGAUCAAGAGGUUCCACCACAGCCGCAGAGACUACAAGGGUCUGGUCUCCCAGAUCCUGCUCCCGGUCUUGUUUGUGGUGUUCGCCAUGGGCCUGGGGUCCAUCAAGAGCGACCUGAGGCACUAUCCCAAGAUGGACCUCAGCCCUGCUCUCUACAACCUGGGACCCAGCUACUCCUUCUUCAGUCAGCAUGACGAGCAGGCAGGACAGCUGCUGGACAAGAUGAUGUCAUACCCUGGGAUGGACAACAGCUGCCUUGAUGACACGGUUUGCUCCAGACAAAGCGGCAGCUGGAAGUCUGCAGGGAACAUGUCAGGACAAUUGUCUGAGUGCCAAUGUAGCCUCCAGGAGCAGAUUUGUCCCGGGGGAACAUUCCAGCCAGCCAGUCGGCAGAGCCCGUCUUCUCAGACGGUUUAUAACUUGAGUGGCAUCAAUGUGGAGAACUACCUGAUGGUCACGGCCAACCACUUCAUCAGGAACAGGUAUGGCGGGUUUGAAUUUGGAAUGCAGCUCCCGUCUGACCUCCAAAUGGACCUUCUAGCCAAGUCCAGUAACGCCACUUUAUCAAAGGUGUGGUUCAACCCUGAAGGCCACCACACCAUGCCAGCAUACCUCAACAGCCUGAACAAUCUCAUCCUACGUGCCAACCUGCCAGCAGACAAGGAUCCACGGGAAUAUGCUAUUUCAGUGUCCAGUCAUCCCUACUUUGGCCGGGUCAUUGAGGAGGACUCCAUCAUCCAGGGAAUGUUGCAGAUCCUUGUGGCCAUUUGUGUGCUGGCAGGAUAUUCCAUCACUACUGCCAGCUUCGCCAUCUACGUGGUGAAUGAGCACACCAACGGUUCUAAGAGGCUGCAGCACAUCGCUGGCAUCAGUGAACCUUUCUACUGGACCCUCACCUUCCUCUAUGACAUGAUCAUCUACAUGGUUCCCGUGGCUUUGACUGUGGCUGUGGUUGCAGCCUUCCAGGUUCCAGCGUUUGCAGACCGACAGAACUUGGCUGCUGUUGCACUGCUUCUGGUGCUCUUUGGCUUUGCCACCUUCCCCUGGAUGUACCUCCUCUCAGGGGUGUUCAAGGACGCAGAGAUGGCCUUCAUCUCCUACGUGUGCAUCAACCUCUUCAUCAGCAUCAACACCAUCAUGUCCAGCUCCAUUCUCUUCUUCCUCAGUCAGGUGUCCACGGACCACCCUGAGAGAAUCAAGGACACCUUCAGGAUGCUCAGCCGGGCCUUCCUCAUCUUCCCUCAAUUCAACUUUGGAAAUGGACUGAUGGAGCUGGCCAGAAUGAACAUCCAGGUCCAGCUCCUCAGCGGCUACGGCAUCGACGCCUACAAGAACCCCUUCUCUACAGACGCCCUGGGCUGGAUGAUCAUCUCCUCCAUCAUCCAAGGCGUGGUCUUCUUCACACUGCGCCUGCUGCUCAACAGGACCCUCCUCCGCAGACUCAGGCAUCUGAUCGUGGGCAGGAAAAGUCUACCGCGGGUGAUGGAGGACCAGGACCAAGAUGUGGCUGCCGAGCACGUGCGAGUGGUGAGCGGCGCUGCAGACUGCGACAUCUUGCAGGUCAAGCAGCUCACCAAGAUCUACCAACAUUUCAACAAUAAGAACUAUGCGGUCCAGAGUCUCUCUGUGGGAGUUCCUGCAGGAGAGUGCUUCGGUCUGCUGGGAGUCAACGGGGCGGGAAAGACCACCACCUUCAAGAUGCUCACUGGAGAUGUCAGUCCCACGGAUGGCAGCGCUCAGAUCAGGGACUGGGACGGGGGUCUGGUGGACAUCAUGCAGAGCCAGCAGAGAGGCAUCAACAUGGGCUACUGUCCUCAGGUGGAUGCUCUGGAUCAUCUGCUCACUGGAGAAGAGCAUUUGUACUUUUAUGCUGCCAUUCGUGGAAUCUGCAAGAGGGACAUAGAGAGGGAGGUGAGGCACCUUGUGAAGAAGCUGCAGCUGCAGGAGCAUCACAACAUGACCACUGAGGGCUACAGCUGUGGAACUCGCAGGAAACUCUCCACCGCCAUCGCUCUGGUGGGACACCCACAGAUCUUACUCCUGGAUGAGCCCAGCUCAGGCAUGGACCCACGUACCAAACGUCACCUGUGGAAGAUCAUCUCUGAGGAGGUGAAAGGAAAAUGCGCCGUGGUCCUCACGUCUCACAGCAUGGAGGAGUGUGAGGCGCUCUGCAGCCGUCUGGCCAUCAUGGUGAAAGGUCAGUUCCGCUGCCUGGGCUCUUUGCAGCACAUCAAGAACAGGUUUGGCAGAGGCUUCACGGUGAAGAUGUACUUGGCGGAGGCUGCCAGGGACGUGGAGGCCAUCACUGACUUCAUGCAGAGACAAUUUCCCAGCACCUACUUGAAGGACCAGCACUCGUCCAUGGUGGAGUACCACCUUCCUGUGGCACCGGGAGGCGUGGCCGACAUUUUCCACCAGUUGGAGAGCAACAAAAGAUGUCUGCAGAUCAAACACUUCUCUGUGAGCCAGACCACUUUGGACCAGGUUUUCAUCAACUUCGCCAUGGGGAACAUUCCGGAAGCAGCGGGCAGCCAAGAAGCGUCCCACCAGGAAGUGGAGGCUUAGAGGAGAUGAUCUUAUCUGCGCUGGAAUGGGAACAUCUCCUAAAUAGGUCCUGUCAAUCAUCCCUCCAGAAGUGUCACUUAUUCAUGUAUUCAUCUUUAAUUUAGUUUUAUUCAUGUAUUAAUCUGUAAUUUAGUUGUAUUCAUGUAUUCAUCUUGAAUUUCCUUUUAUUCAUGUAUUCAUCUUGAAUUUCCUUUUAUUCAUGUAUUCAUCUUUAAUUUAGUUGUAUUCAUGUAUUCAUCUUUGAUUUAGUUGUAUUCAUGUAUUAAUCUGUAAUUUAGUUGUAUUCAUGUAUUCAUCUUGAAUUUCCUUUUAUUCAUGUAUUCAUCUUGAAUUUCCUUUUAUUCAUGUAUUCAUCUUUAAUUUAGUUGUAUUCAUGUAUUCAUCUUUGAUUUAGUUUUAUUCAUGUAUUCAUCUUUAACCUUGAUUUGACAAUCACAAUAUUGAUGUUCUUCUCCUACACCUUCAACUUGACUAGUUCUUGUAGAACAUGUUGUUGUUGUUGAACAUGUUGGAUGUAGAACAUGUCGUUGACCAUGUUGGAUGUAGAGCAUGUCGUUGACCAUGUUGGAUGUAGAACAUGUCGUUGACCAUGUUGGAUGUAGAACAUGUCGUUGACCAUGUUGGAUGUAGAACAUGUCGUUGACCAUGUUGGAUGUAGAACAUGUCGUUGACCAUGUUGGAUGUAGAACAUGUCGUUGACCAUGUUGGAUGUAGAACAUGUCGUUGACCAUGUUGGAUGUAGAACAUAUUGUUGAUCAUGUUGAAUGUCAGCCGCCUUGAUUUGUAUCAAACAUUAAAAACUUCAAAUGCA